AUGAACGUCUUCCGGCUGGCCGGCGACCUCACCCACCUCCUGUCCCUGGUGGUCCUGCUGCUGAAGAUUGUCGCCACCAAGAGCUGCCGCGGGGUGUCAGCCAAAACCCAGGAGCUGUACGCCAUCGUGUUCGUCACGCGCUACCUGGACCUGCUCUUCAGCUUCGUGUCGCUCUAUAACUCGGUGAUGAAGGUGGUCUUCCUUGGAUCUGCCUUCUCGAUCGUCUAUUUCAUGCGGUACCACAAGGUGGUGAGGCACACGUACGACAGGGAGUUGGACACCUUUCGAUCUAGUUUCCUGGUGGCCGGAUCAAUGGUUCUGGCCCUGCUGAUCAACAGCAAAUACACCUUCUUUGAAGUGCUGUGGACCUUUUCGAUCUACCUAGAGGCCGUGGCGAUCUUGCCCCAGCUUGUGAUGCUGCAGAGAACAGGAAAUAUAGACAAUCUGACAGGAAACUACGUCUUCUUGCUGGGGAUGUACAGGGGCCUAUACAUCCUCAACUGGAUCUACAGGUAUAGCACGGAACGCAGGUAUUGGCAGAUGAUCGUUUGGGUGUCUGGCAUCAUACAGACAGCCCUGUAUGCAGACUUCUUUUACUACUACCUCAAAUGCUGGAACGAGAAUAGAACAUUGGUGAUUCCUCAAUGA